AUGGCGAGCAACGGAUCGCAAGCCGAGGACUUUCUGAAAGGACCUCUAUACAUAUAUGACCUUCCAUCGAAGCUCCUGUCAAAUCUAACGCCCAAAUCCUACGCCCAAGUCAUCGCCCCUUCAACCAUAGAUGUAGUAACUCCUAUCGCCACCGAAUCUCCUGAAAGGGACAUUAACACGAUCCCUACUUCAAACUCAUGUACACUUUGUCAAAUAUCUUUUCCGAGCGUGCAAGAGCGUCGUGACCACGCACGAUCGGACCAUCAUCGAUACAACGUCAAGGCACAACUGCGCGGCAAUCGAGUGUUGACCGAAUCUGAAUUUACGAAGGCAAUUGGAGAUAUAGAUGAGUCGAUAUCGGGUUCUGAGAGCUCCGAGUCGGAUGAAGAUGAAUUCGAACCCCAUCCAUCGGACUCAAACUUGGUUGCUCUGUUAAAAAAGCAGGCAAGAAUUUCACAAGAAGCGGAAAGGGAAGCCCCGCGGGAGAAGAGCGCCUUCAGCAGACAGCCCAUGAUAUGGUUUUCUAGCCCCGAUCUUCCUCCCAAUACAGCUGUUGGCGUAUACAAAGCGCUCUUUUCCAAUGAGGAACAGGACGAGCCGGAGCAUAUUGUGGACUCUUUGCGGAGGAAACAACUUGAGCCAAUCAGGCGAGUGAAUAAUGCAGAAAAUGUUGCUGCUACACAUAACGGUCCACAUAUUUUCAUGUGUAUGAUAGGUGGCGGCCACUUCGCCGCAAUGGUUAUUGCACUCGCUCCUGAGAUACAAAAGCGACACGGCGGCAUCGAGGAACGGCAGGCCAGAGUCCUCGCACACAAGACAUUCCAUCGCUACACGACACGCAGGAAGCAAGGUGGCUCGCAGUCAGCCAACGAUUCAGCCAAGGGUGCUGCGCAUUCAGCUGGUUCAAGUCUGCGAAGAUAUAAUGAAGCUGCACUGGAAAAUGAUAUUCGCACUCUCCUAAAGGAAUGGAGAUCUAUGAUUGACACGGCGCAACUUAUUUUUGUUCGUGCUACAGGGAACACCAAUCGAAGGACCUUGUUUGGUUCGUACGAAGGACAAGUACUCCGAAAUAACGACAUCAGGCUGAGAAACUUUCCAUUCAGCACUCGUCGCGCAACUCAGGCCGAAUUGAUGAGGUGCUUUAAGGAGCUUACCAAAGCGAAAGUCAGUCAGAUUGACGAAGCUGCGUUGGCAGCUGCGCAAAAUAAGCAACGUGAGGCGAGUGCAAAAGCUUCCAAGCCUAGUGCGCAGCCAAAGACACCAAAACUGUCGGAAGAAGAAGAAGCUGCAAUGUUGCAUACCUCACAGAUCCAGGCUCUCAUUCGCCGCUCCAAGGCUCCAGCUCUCUUAUCGUAUAUUUCAAACAAUGCCGUCCCUCCGUCAUUCAAGUUCUUUCCCACAGACGCACCUCAGAACUAUCACGCACCUACUCCGCUCCAUCUUGCCGCCAAUUCAGAUUCCCCUGCACUUGUGACAUCUCUUUUGACAAAAGCUAAAUUCGAUCCGACUGUAAAGAACGGCGAAGGGAAAACACCGUUUGAUCUUGCUGGAGACCGUGCUACUCGCGAUGCGUUCCGGGUUGCUAGGCAUGAGAUGGGUGAAUCAGCUUGGGAUUGGGAAGCGGCGCACGUGCCCUCGCCUGUAUCUCGAGCUGAGGUUAGUCAGCGUCAAGAACAGCAGAAAGAAGAAGCCGCAAAAGAAGAAGCUAGUCGUCGUAAAGCCGAGAUAGAACGAUUGAAGGCGGAAGAGACUGCCAGUGCUGCAGCACUUGACAAGCGGAAGAAUGCCGGCGGUAAAAAGCUGUCCUCGGUGGACAAGACGGCCGCAGAAAAGAGAGAAGAUGAAAUGCGUGGAAUGACCCCUGAAAUGAGAAUGAGACUAGAAAGGGAGCGCCGUGCUCGGGCUGCUGAGGAGAGGAUUCGUCGGAUGCAGAGGGUUCCGCAAUCGCCUCUUUUUUCCUCCGUAUGCAACUUCUGUAACCUCUCCCACUCUGGAGAGAUGGAUAUCCUUCAGUGUGUAGGAAAGCUGUGCCGGUGGGAUCCGAUAACGAAGCAGGUCUCAGAACCCCGGCCUAUCUCGGCCUAUCGCCCGUUUCUCGUUGGUCGAGAUCGGAAGACAUGCCAUUAUGUGCUUGACGAUGCCUGCGUGUCUAGCCUACACCUCCGGAUUUAUACCGUAGUUUACGACUUUGACAAUCCCCUGGAGGUUGCCCCUUUGGUUUACGCCCAAGAUAUGUCUACCAACGGGGCUUUCUGGAAUGGGCAGCGGAUUGACCGGAGAAACGGCGGUGCAGUUCUUCUCAGUGAUGGCGAUAUUCUCCGGUUAUCCUCCAACAGUUUCCUCGAGUUCAGAUCCGAAUACCAAUCUGAGAAGCCACUAACGUCUGUUCAAAAAGAGGAAGCAAAGGUUGUACUCUCGCAAUGUUUGUCUUAUUAUACUAACGACAGGCAGGAUUUUGCUGACGAGUAUUUGAUUACGGAUCGGAUACUAGGCGAAGGUAGUUUCGGACGGGUUCACAUGGCCGUCAGUCUCAACAGCACCAGUCAGGUCGCCUGUAAGGUUGUAACUCUUCGUGCGGUUAAGACGACUAGGAAAAGCGCAGAUACAAAUAUGUUUGAGUUACAGAAACGAGAAAUGUUCAUUCUCCAGAAGCUAUGUCACCCCAAUAUCAUUGGCGUUGAAAAAGUAAUCCUAACGGAAAAUUCUCUGUUUAUUUUCGAAGAGCUUAUCACUGCUGGGGACCUAUUCACUUUUAUCGCGAGCAAGGGUGACAAUAUAACGGAUUUUGACGCAGCUUGUAUUAUACGGCAGAUUCUGAUUGCCCUGAAUUAUUUGCAUGACAAAAACAUUGCCCACCGUGACCUCAAGCCAGAGAAUAUCCUCAUGACAUCUCAUGGAGUUCACUGUCGAGUCGUACUUGCAGACUUUGGCUGUGCACAAAUUAUGUCUUCUGGGAUGGAGCGGAUGUCCACAGUUGUCGGGACAUGGGACUACACUGCUCCGGAAGUAUACAAAGAAAUGAACCUAAGAGGUUAUACGAAAUCUGUCGAUCUCUGGUCAGUCGGCUGCAUCACAGUAGUUUUGCUGAUUGGGACACCCCCCUUCCCGUUUUCGGCUUCAGGAACCCCGGAUGAUGGCGAGCCCGGGGAUCUGAAAGAAGUAUUCAUGAACAUUAGGUGGGAUGAGGCAAGCACUUGGGCACAAAGCUUUGUUCUCUCUUUGCUAGUCCUCGAUGAAAGGAAGAGGUUGACCGUACGCGAGGCCCUGCAGCAUUCCUGGUUCACGAACGCACAAUACAAAUCGAAGUUGAAACAGAAUUACGAGAGAGCUGUCCGUGACUGGCGCCCACGGGUAACUAGACCACUUCAUAAGGAUGAGAAUUUCCUGCAGGCUGAUGCUCGUUUGGUGGACUCCACAAAAGGUGUUGAGCAAACUUUGUCAAAAUUGAAGCUUCCAGGCAGCAGAGUGUAUAAAACUACCUGCGAAAAGGAUACUGGGGAUAGGGAUAAUAGCAAGUUCUUUGACGCGAAAAUUUUGAGUCAUGAACAGGCUGUUAUGGGGGACUUUGGAGUCAUUGAUGCCCCAGGAUCGCACAGCACCCGUCGCUCUUUUAGUCCACGAGCAUGGAGCACACAAUUUACUGAAAGGCAACACUUGUUUUCCUCUAAUAUUCUCAACGUGAACCAAAAACCUCGCGCAUGGCCACCAGAAAAUGCCUGGGAACAAGCCCAAAGACCGUGGUUAUCUACUUCAAAGAAUGUAAAUGGCGACGGUAACAUCCCUACAGACAUAACGUUAUUGAUCUCGAAUCCUGUGGUGGGGAUAAAAAGACCUUUAGACGAGACGGUCUCCCAACCACAAGAAGAAGGAGAAGUCUACGAAGAAAUUGAGAACAAGAUUACUGGCAAGAAACAGCGAGUCUUAUAUCGAGAAAGGUAG